AUGGCGACUCCGCCUCCCGAGGUUCCUCCUGCCAUGAAGGAGGACAAGCCUCAGUUGCCUCUGUCGCCCACCGGUGCUUCUGCGCCUGAUCUUGCACCUUCCAGUGUGCAAAUUGCUGCGGUCAAAGGCGAUAGCUCUGCAGAGAGCGAGGCUAAAUCCCCAGCGCUGAAUGGCCACACUUCUCCGAUCGCGCCCUCAAUCACCAAUGGCACAAACACUGCUACCUCACCACCCAAGUCUCCCGUCCCUGCAUCUACAGACCACCGGGUUCCGUCAGAAAUGACUCAAAAUAAUACAUCUUCUGUUGCGGAAACCGCUGCACCCGCCAAGACACAGCCGACCGAGGAAAAGGUCAGCUCUCUGCAGGGCCAAGAGUCCGCUGGUUCCGCUGCACCCUCUGCUGCGACUCAGAGUGUCGCACCAUCUGCUCAGACCUCACAACAGGUUUCCGCAGCUCCCGCAUCCACCGAUGGUCCCAUCAAUACACCUGAGCCAAUGACCAUUGAUACUCCAGAUGCUUCGACUGCUGUGAAAACCGAAUUGCCCCACCAUCCUACCCCAGAUACUGCUCCAAUUUCACUUCCUGCGCUGCAAUCCGUUGACCAAGAGAUGAAGGAUGCGCCGCAAGCUCCGUUGUCUCCAUCUAAGAUCCCCCGACAACGCGAUGCUGAUCUCAGCGAAGAACCAGCCCCCAAGCGGACCAAGGUUGAAGGCGAGGAUUCUGCUGUGGACUUCAAGUCUUUGGCAUUCUCUACUCCGGCCAUUGCAACACCUGCCCCCACCCGCACAAGUGGAGGUCCCGGGCUCACUAAAAUGCAACACAAGUUCAUCAUGAAAAGUCUUGCAAGCCUCAAACGCAUGCAUGAUGCGCGUUUCUACAAGGAACCUGUUGAUCCGAUCAAAUUGAAUAUUCCGCAGUACCACACUAUUAUCACUCAACCUAUGGACUUGGGCACCAUGGAAAAGAAGCUCAAGAACAACCAAUAUUCUUCUCCCCAGGCAGUUGCAGAUGACUUUGCGCUGAUGGUCAACAACACAACCGUCUUCAACGGCGUAGAUCACAUUGUUACCCAAGAAGGAAUCAAGCUGAAAGCCACAUUCGAGAAGCAGAUGUUCAACCUUCCUAAACCCGACGAAGUGGAGGAGAAAAAGUCAUCAAAGAAGUCGGGUGAGAAGACGUCCACUGUCCGUCGGGAGCCUCGGACCUCUCUCCCUAGCCAGCCCAAGGCCUCUUCUCCUCAGUCCCAGACCUUCGCGCUCGGACCGGAAGGCUUGCCUGUCAUCCGUCGCGACUCGUCUAACCCUGAUGGUCGCCCCAAACGGUCCAUUCACCCCCCAAAACGUGAUCUCCCAUAUUCGACCAAGCCCAAGAAGAAGAAGUUCCAAUGGGAGUUGCGCUUCUGCCAGGAAGUCUUGGAUGAGUUGCACAAGCAGAAGCACUACAGCUGGGUCAUGCCUUUCUAUUAUCCCGUCGAUCCAGUUGCCUUAAAUAUUCCUACCUAUCACAGCGUCAUCAAAAAGCCAAUGGAUCUGUCGACUGCUCAGUCUAAACUCAAGACUGGCCAGUACGAGAAUGCCAAGGAGUUCGAGACAGAUGUUCGCCUCAUCUUCAAGAACUGCUUCCGAUUUAAUAUUCCUGGCGACCCUACCUACGUAUGUGGCCAGCGGGCUGAAGAAAUCUUCAGCGCCAAGUGGGCACAGAAGUCGGAAUAUCUUGAAGCGCAUGAACCACAUCCCGAGCAGAAUUCCGACUCUUCCGAUGACGAUAGUGAUGAGGAUGCAGAAGAAAGCGAAGAAGAUGAUGAGAAACUCACUCUGCUUCAGAAACAGAUUGCUGAGAUGUCUCGUCAGGUUGAGGCCAUCACAAAUAAGAAAAAGAAGACACCACCUUCCUCCAAGAAGAUUGGCAAGGCGAAGAUUCCCAAGAAGGAUUCCAAGAAACUCAGCUCUGGCAAGAGAGAUAAGAAGAGCAAGCUCUCCCAGCCUGGUAAGGCUCGUGCCAUCACCUACAAUGAGAAGCAGAUUAUCUCGAACGGCAUCAGCAGUCUUCCUGAUAAAAGGAUGCAACAAGCCCUUCAGAUCAUCCAGAACACUGUCCCUCAGCUGAAGGGUGUUGAUGAAGCUGAAAUCGAAUUGGACAUUGACGAACUUCCCAAUGAAGUCUUGCUGAAGCUCCUGAACUUCGUGAAGAAGCACGCACCUAACUACAUGGAGGAUGACGACGACGAUGACAUUCCCACCAGCAGUGUCGCACCUCCAAAACCUAAGAAGAACAAGCCUAUGAGCAAGUUCGAGCAGGAAGCUCAGAUCAACAUGCUUCAGAGCAACCUUUCUCGUUUCCAAGGUGGCGCUCACUCUCCCGACCCAGUGGCCUCGGUGGAACACAACGAAAGCAGCGAUGAUGAGUCUGAUUCGUCCGAGGAAGAGAGCGAGGAAGAGUAG